AACCAGGAGAAGCUUAUCAAUUUAGUGGGACUUUCCUCUGCGCCACGAGGCUCGUAACAUUAAUGGUAUUGGAGAAUACAACUGUAAGCCAUUGAACUAUUAUCUCUGUACAAUCUCUAACUUAAUUAUCCGAGCUUGUAAGCGAGAAACCCGAAAACGAAGGCGAGCCGCGGCCGAUCGAGAGUUUCUUACGUCAUGGACUUUCGUAAGGUUACGGGUGUGGGAGAUUUCGAUUACUGCACCACUGCGCUGGACGCAGCGCUUCCGCCAAGUUUAUUGGACUCCGUCGGCGGUCAUGAAUCACUGGGGCGUCUAAUGGAUUGGAUGAGCGAGAGGUAGGUUCUUCAUCCAGUAGGAUUUUUGUGAUCUGCUGGGCUCAUCUGAUGUAGACUGGGAACGAAACGAAAACGAUCGGCGCGGAGAUGGACAAGUCCAUCCAUGUUGGAGUGUUAGUUUUUGAACCAUCUAAGUUAAGAGGUCUGGCCUCUGAUUCUUGAGUCAUAGACUCGGGGAUUGGCAAGAAGCUCAUAAUGUUGGGGUGCGUCGAGGGUGGAGAGGGUGAAAACGUGCAGUAGUGAGUUGCUUAUGAGAGGGGAUGCGACGUGUUUGUAAUCUACUUGAAAGCGGUUAACUAAUUGAAUACGGACUGGACUUUGGUACUUUUGGCAACUGUCACGAUGACUCUCGGUGUUAUUAAAAGAUCAGAAUAGGGGUUAUAGUCAUA